UCAUCUUGAGUCGGACCGCAGUGUGCUGAAGAGGAGAGAGUGGGAGAGGAGGAACCAAGAGGUCCAGCAAGAUGAAGACCUGUUUUCAACUGGAUUCAACCUGUUUGGAGAACCUUAUAAAACUAAUAAAGGUGAUGCUUUGGCCAGUCGUGUCCAGAACACGCUGGGCUCCUAUGAAGAAAUGAAGGACCUGUUAACCAGCCACUCCAACCAGAGCCACUUAGUGGGAAUCCCCAAAGGCAGCACUACAACCAACAACCAGCAGCAACCACUGGGCUCCUCAGCUGCAGAGAGGCCUGCCAUGGACCCCCAGCUGUUCAGUGAGGCUCUGAGAGGAGGAGUGGGUGGAGGAGCAGAGGGAGGUGGGGACAAAACAAUGGGGAAUGGCUCGUCUUCAUCCUUGGCUUCCAUGCAGGCCCCCAUCGUCACCACGUCAACGUCAAACUCUACAACGGUUCCACAUCAGGGCUCAAAAAAGUCCCGGAGCUCCAUGGACUGGUCGAGGGGCAGCCACGGACCAAGCGGUCAGGCGACAGGCCUUGUUGUGGGGUCGGGGCAGAACGUCCAGGGGCAGGUGGCAGCAGGAGCUACGGGAAGCAGGGCCAAAAUGAAUUUAUUAGAGGAACAACAACUACAGCGGCACGAGGAGCUGUUCAGCUCACUUAAAGAUGAACUGGGUCUGAAAGUAGAUUCAAGCCCUUCUUCCUCGUCUUCGUCCUCUUCCUCCUCUUCUUCCUCUCGACGGCAUUCGUCCCACCCAUCCAAAGCCCAUCCCCUUUCAGAUGGUGGCAACUUUCGAUCCUCCAAUGUGGAUGGUUGCCACUUCAAGUCUUCCGCGAGCACAGAAAUUGGCAGAUCUUUUAAAUCCUCCCCAUUCGAAAAUGAAACAGGUUGUCACUUUUCUUCAUCUUCCUCUCCGCUCGCUUCCACGUCAGUUCUUGUGACCCCCACUCCAGGUCUAACCACCCCCACAUCUGGACUGACCACACCCACCUUCCCACCUGGUAGCCUUUCCGGGAAGCCCAUCCCUGUGCAACAGAAACCUACAGCAUAUGUUCGACCAAUGGAUGGCCAGGACCAAGCACCCAGCGACUCCCCCCAGCUUAAACCCCCUCUAGUGGCCACAGAGGGUUUUAACAACAACCAGCCUUUUGGAGGAACUUCUGGAAAUGUGAAGACCAAACUGCCAAAGCUGAGUCUCAACCACACGGGAGAG